CAUGAAAGGGUUAAAUAACAUUUAAAACAAAACUUCGAAAAUGUCAUCGCCGUUUUCUCUGUUUGUGUCAAAUGCGAGUUUCGCUGUUUUCAAAAAUCAUGCUUGAUUUCUUUCUUUGGAAACUCCUGAAUUGAAACGAUGGCAAAAGAUCCGUCAUUUUCGAACCAAAAAGUGUGGAAACCUGAGUUAUAUAAAAUUCAACUGGAAGCUCCCACACCCAAAGCAAUUAUGUGCGAAGCCUUAAACGAAGCUCAACCAGAUUUCUACGGCUGUGAAUACCAUGGCACAAUGAAUCACAAAGAUUGUGAUGCCAUACUUUGCGACAAGCCGGAUGGAUCAUACUUGAUACGACAAAGCCCAGGAGCUGAGGAUUACUGGACCCUAAGUCUACGAUUUUGUCGGAAGACGAAACAUUUCAAAAUUUUUUAUACGAUGGAUAAGGGUCAUUUUCUGAGGGAAAAUUUUAAAAAAUUUGACAGUGUUCAUGAUUUGGUGGCAGAUGGACUUGUAGACUUUUACAUGCGUAUGCAUGCUGGACCAAUAAUCCAGCAAAUGAUGUGUCAAACAAAAAACUGCUAUGAACAAAGCCCAUAUAUGACUCUGAAUAGACGUAAAUUACGAGCUUUGUCUGAUGAGCUUCGAAAGUCUUCCAAACUAUCUAUGCUGAAUGAUAAUAGCCCAUCAAUGAAUGCUAGCGAAACAGAUUGUUAUAAUAUAGUCGCAAAAACUAACGACGAUAUAUUACCUGAAAUUUAUGAGAAGAAUCACGUUUUUAAAACGCACACCUUCAAAGGACUGAAUUGGUGUGAAUUCUGUGCGAAUUUUCUCUGGGGGUUUACAUCACAAGGUGUAAAAUGCGAAGAUUGUAGCUUUGUAGCGCAUAUAAAGUGUUCUGAAUUGGUGCCAUCAAAAUGUGUCCCAGACCUUAAACGACUUCGUGGAAUUUUUGGUGUAGACCUAACAACGCUGGUUACAGCUCACAAGUGUAAAAUACCUUUCAUUGUGAGAAAAUGUGUCGAAGAAGUAGAACGACACGGCAUGUUACAAGAAGGUAUUUACCGAAUUUCUGGAUUCGCUGACGAAAUUGAAGCAUUGAAGAUGGCGCUCGAUAAGGAUGGAGAAAAGGCUGACAUGUCCGCACUUGCGUAUAGUAAUAUUAAUGUAAUCUCUGGAGUGCUGAAACUGUAUUUACGGCUGCUUCCAGUUCCUUUGGUCACAUUUCAUGCCUAUCCGUCCUUUAUACAAUCAAUGACCUAUAAGAUGGUUGGAGAACAAGUGAUUUCACUUCGCGAAGCAGUAAAACAAUUACCAGUGGCCCAUUUUAACUGUUUGAAGUAUAUACUCCAACAUCUGAAUCGAAUAGCUUCACAUCACACCUUCAACAAAAUGAAUGAGCCAAAUCUUGCAACCGUUUUUGCACCAACAUUAAUAGCCACUCCACCACACAUGACCGAUUUAUCUCAAGAAAUCAAUAUGUUGACAGCUAUGAUAACACAUUGUAAAGCUAUUUUCCUUUGAAAGGAAAUUACUAAAUGAUUGAGUAUUUUGCUAGAGGUAGGUUAAUGAUUUUAAUAAAACGUAUCGAUAUCUCUGUUAUCUCGA